UACCAAAUCAUCACCACCCCCAACAGCAUCGUCCAGCAAAUCAGAUACCACUGCUUCGAGAUAUAUAACCUAUCCGGAGACCAGAUUAGCCUUAUUCGACACCUCGAAGCUGUUUCUGACCCCAACCACGGCUGGAACACCAUCCACGGAAGAGAUUCAGGUCCACCACCACCAUAUACCGAACCUCCACAGUCAGAAAGUACAAAUACACAGCAAGAGCCAAAUCCAAUGGCUGGCCGAGGAUACAACACCAUGCACGGCUUCGACCAAGGCCCACCACCGCCAAGUUUCACGCCAAACCAAGGAUUUGGUAUCCCUCAGUACCCGGCUUUCUUCCCUGCCCAGGCCCCUCCACAAGCAUAUGGUUUCCCGGCGCCGGCUAUGCAGGUACCCGUGGCAGCAGCACCGCAGAUGCCCCAAUACGGCUACGGCUACGGCUACGGCCAUGGCUAUCCCUAUCCCGGACAAACGCACCCUGCGCCUCCCCCUCGCGCCAACCCCGCGUUCCCCGGUAUCCACCUGCGGAACCACACCGGCGGCGUGGGCCUGCCCCCCGGCUACGACUAUGCGUUCCCCCAGGCGCACUGCAAGAUCCACGUGUUCACGACCAAGACGCCGCCGUGGCAGUACACCACCGUGCUGCACAGCUGGGACGAGACAACGCACGUCAAGAUGUACGUGCCCGCGACCACGACCGUCAAGGACCUGAUGCAGGGCUUGGGCUGCACGAAUGCGGUUGCGGGGAAGAAUGUGCUGUAUGAGGUUACGGAGGCGGGGAAUGGGAAGUGGUUAAAGGGGUUGACUAUUGCUGGUGAUGAUAAAGAUAAGGUCAAGGUUCCUAUUUCGGAGAUGGGGUGGGAUAUGACGAGGACUGGACAUCCUGGGGAGAGACCGGUUGUGUGGCUUUAUUUUACUAAAGAUUAA